AUGGCUCACUGCGCCUCCUCGGAGGCGCGCGCCCCGCGUCCCGACGGCCACGAGCCGUCCACGGGGGGCGUGGAGCGUCAGACGCCGGUGCUGUUCGAGAUCUUCGGUGAGAUUUGGGCCGUCCGGUCGCAGCUCGGCCAGGGCGUCUCGGCCUCGGUGUACCGGGUUAGCUCGGGCAGGGCCACCGCCACCACCGCCGCCGUCAAGGAGUUCCGGGCCGACCCUCAGGGAGUAGAUUACGGGUAUCGCAAGGAGAGGUCCGUGCUGGAGGACAUUCAGGGGCAUAAAAACAUAGUGACUCUGUACGGCGUGUUCACCAACCACAGCUGCGUGGGUGCUGCCACCCGUUGUCUGCUGCUGGAGCUCCUGGAUGUCAGCGUGUCGGAUCUGUUGGUGAGAAGCGGCGGUGGUACCCAGGGGGCCAGACCCGAGCAGGGCCGCUCCAUGUGGCUUGUCCAGCACUGUGCCCGGGACGUGCUGGAGGCUCUCACCUUCCUCCACGGGGAAGGCUACGUGCACGCCGACCUCAAGCCGCGCAACAUUCUCUGGAGCGCUGAUGACGAGUGCUUCAAGCUCAUCGACUUCGGCCUCAGUUUCAAAGAGGGAAACCAGGAUGUCAAGUACAUCCAGACAGACGGGUAUCGCGCUCCCGAAGCUGAGCUGCAAAACGGCCUCGCUCAGGCCGGGGUGGAGCCUGACGGGGACUCGGGCUGCACUGCCGCCGUGGACAUGUGGAGCUUAGGCAUCAUCCUGCUGGAGAUGUUCUCAGGAAUCAAACUCAACGACACCGUCCGAUCGCAGAGGUGGAAGGAUAACGGUGCCGCCAUUGUAGACCACCUUUUUGCCAACAACAGCGCUGCAUGCCCUGCCAUCCCUGUCUAUCACCUCAGAGACCUCAUCAAAAGCAUGCUCCUCAAUGACCCAAAGCAAAGAUGCACCACAGAAACUGCCCUGCUCAGCCCCUUCUUCAGUAUUCCCUUUGCUCCUCACAUUGAAGACCUGGUUCUGCUCCCUACUCCUGUCCUGCGCCUGCUCAACCUGAUUGAUGACAGCCAUCUGCACAACGAGGAAGAGUAUGAAGACAUCCUGGAGGACAUGAAGGAGGAGUGCCAGAAGUACGGCUCAGUGGUUUCUCUGCUCAUCCCCAAGGAGAACCCUGGGAAAGGACAGGUGUUUGUAGAAUACGCCAACUCCAGUGACUCCAAAGAGGCUCAGAGGCUGCUGACGGGCCGCACCUUCGACGGGAAGUUUGUUGUGGCCACCUUCUACCCUCUCAGCGCCUACAAAAGAGGUUACUUGUACCAGACCGUGCAGUGAAGCCCUAAAACUCAGUGCAGUCAGCUUCACUUGUUUGCAGGAAAAAACCCGACUGUACAGCUCGGGGUCCAGUUUGUCCCUUUGGGGCUCAGAGUUCUGCAUGUCAUUCAUGUGGUUUUCUACCUUGAAUGUGUUUUUUUGCAGACUGUAAAUUGAACGCUGUGGUCGUUUCUGCUCCCUAUGGUCGGCCCUCCUCUUAACAGUGCCUAAGGUCCAUUGUCUGGGUUCCGCGGGCUCCUGUUCUAGCCUCAUUUCGGUCUUAUCCAUAGAAACGACUACACUAAAAGAAUAAGCAAUGGAUGAAUGAAUAACAGUGCUGUGAACAAGUGAAAUCUGAUCUGGAUGGCUAGAGCGAAAGCCUUCAUCAAAUGUUGCGUUCCAUUUCAGAAUUCUUUGAGGAAUUUGUGUGUGGCGUGAUUACAGAGCGGUAGCAGGAUGACACCUGUCCUUAAGCCAUGUAGCUUUCUUUAUUUACCGCCGUACAUACUGAGAGGGUGUUUUCAUCAUCCGUUGAUACACAGGGACGUACGUUGAGUUCCUUGCUCUGACUGAAAGGGCACGGGAACAAGUCAAUGUUUUCAAAUACAUGCUGAAAAUCAUCAGAGAAACUUCCAGUUUGAGCUUUUAGAAAAGGGCCGCCGUAUUAACAUGUGAAUUGUUUGCAAUGAACAGAAUUUGCAGAAUGAUAAGAUAAUGUUUUCUAACUUAUAAAGCCAAGUACGGACUCUCAUUCUGAUAUAUAAAACAGGGAAUAUCCGGGUGGAAAGCAGUGCAGUUUGGACUUGCUUUCGCCCAAGUUGGACAUUUUUAAAUCCAAGACAUAAUGUCUGUGUCCAAUGGAAAAUUUGCUUUGGCUAUUGUACUAAGUAGACCGAUAAAGUGUAAUGUUACGAUAUUCAAGUUUAGUUUGUGCUUUAACUAUUGGAUCGAUGGGUAGCCUGCAAGCCCUCUUGGUCUGUCAGUUUACAAGAAAUGUAUUGCAAAUAAUAGUUGGACAGAAAUUAAACAGAGAAGGUGUUAUAAAAUACAUAUAUUAAAUCAGUGGCGCAGUAGCACCGUUUUAUAUAACAGCAUGAUGUUGAUUAUAUCGCACAGAAGCCACAAAGAGUCAGCUUGCGUGUUUUUUGUAGUGUAAAACACUUUUUGUUGCACCAGAAACCAGAAGGUUUUCUUUUCUCACCUUUAAGUAAACCGUAGAUGUCUGUCACCCUUGAAGCCCCCUGGGGCCCACUGAAAUGCUUGGUUUAUGCCUUCAAGCUGGCUAACCAACCACAGACACAUGCGUCUGAUCCGCCAGUAGCACAAGACGGAGCUGCCUUAGGGAAUAAUGUCGCAGAGUCGUCUCUUUAGGCCGCCAGUCAUUUCUCGCUGCGUGGUUGGUAAAGCCAGACUUUUGGGUUUUGCAUUACAAGCAAAGCUUCGGUUGCACAAGUGGAGCUGCAUCAUGAACUGUAUCAGUAGCGCAACUUUAUGUUCAGAGUUUACAAAAUGCUGAAAGACCAAGUAAAGCAAAGGCAAUAGAGCAGCAGAAAGCCAAAGAGUGAGGCCCGACACAAGCAAAAGCAUUUGAACACGGAUUAAACAGCACAUUAGAGGAAACCGUUAAAAGAGCAAGGUAUAAGCAGACCUCCCCUGAGGAAGUGUGUUCGUGCUUUAUUAAGUGAUGUAGUGUUCCUUCCCCUCUAGGAAAGUAUAUUUAAAAUGAACAAUCGGCUCGGAGUGAUGUCAGUGACGACAUCUGAUCUCAUCCCUCCAAAGCUCAGCCUGCUUCCCCUCACCUUAAAAGUGUUUGCAUUACACCGGACCUCCGGACCAGACUGUGACGAGGCACUGACUUUCUGUCUGAGGUCAACAUGUAAAGCCUGCAACACACCAAGCCGACGAACUAGUGGCGACGUGAGCCGACUGCACAAUCGGCUCACGUCGGCAGCGUCUGGGUCCAAAGUUGCCCUGUCACACCAAGCCGAUUCUCAACACCCGACGGCCAAGUAGCACGUCCGUUCUGCGUAAGAGUAAGAGUGGUUCGCUGGCUGAGCAGCCAAUCAGAAUGAUCAGAAGGCCUGACGCCGAUUCAACAUGUCGAAGCGGCCGUUACGAGGACCGACUUCGGCCGACGGUGCGGAACGCACUGAGGAGAUUUAGUCUGCCGACGCACGAAAACGAUGGCCGACCGUCGGCUUGGUGUGUUCCAGGCUUUACACAUUUGUGUCAGACUAUGGUUUUGUGUGUCUGUGUGUUACAGCUGAAGUGUUGUGUGCCUUUUUUCUGCAAUCUCAAUUCUGAAUUCACAAGUCGAAAGAGUAAGCGCAUGUGCCAAAGAUCAGCCAGCUGUUUACUCUGUGAUGAUCCAUUCCUCUUAACAAAGCGCACAUUAUUUAAGUCUUUACAGCGACUACCGUGGGCUGCUCGUCAUCUGGGAUACACAAUGAAUAACAAACAUUGUUUUUGACGUUUUUUUCAUUUAAAGUUGCAUUAGUUGUUUGAUUUUUUUUUUUGUGUGCCCGAAACCAAAACAAGGACUAAAUAGCACUGUAGAACUCAGAUAUGCACAAUUGGGUAAAACCCUAAUCUAGCCGUACAUUUAAUUGAACGGAAACUCAAAUGAUUUGAUAAGGACGGAGAUGUUAAGACUUUUCCUUGUUUGUUUGGGAGGCCGUUUUGACAACAGAUGACAACAGUUCAGGGAACGGUGGGAUGUUUGAAGAAGUGGGACUACUAAUCCAAAUCAAUUUGACUGAAUUCAACUUUAAAAUAUUCAGAGAUCAGGUUCAUUUCAAUCCCCAGAUAAUGCUCCCUCAGCGAGGUGUCUUCUUGGGGAAAAGUCCCACAGGACAAACUGGACGGAAAGCAAGCAAUCGUGAUCCGCAAGACAGUCGUAACAUGUUUGAAGCUGUAUUAGUCUGUCCGUGCCUCACAGCCGCCCAGUUGUCUAAUAAUCUAAUAAUAAUAAAAAUGGUGAUGGACUUGAA